AGAUCUGCUCCUGAUGGCAGAACCCUCCCUGAUUACAGAAACUGGGUUGUGUCCCCAACCUCAUCCUUCCAGACCAUUCCGGGAGAUCUAGGAGGUUCCAUCUGGGAAAACACUAGGAGUUCUUGGAAGGGAAAGAAGGAAGAGGGUUAUUGGUUGGAACAAAACCAGGCUUGAAUGAGUUCCAGAAAGCAGGGUUCUCACACUCAUGGACAACAAUCUGCAGCAGAAGACAACUUUAAAAAACCAGCUAGAAGCAACAGGCAGAGAAGUAAGGUGAGAAGGGCCUCCUCAGGAAAGAAGACUGCUGGUCCACAGCAGAAGAACCUGGAACCGGCUCUCCCCGGGCGGUGGGGCGGUCGCUCUGCAGAGAACCCCCCUUCAGGAUCCGUGAGGAAGACAAGAAAGAACAAGCAGGAGACUCCUGGGAAGGGGGACGGGGGCGGCGCCGCACCCCAGCCACCUCGGAAGAAAAGGGCCCGGGCCGGUCCCACUGUGGAAAGUGAGGAGGCCUUUAAGAGUAGAAUGGAAGUUAAAGUGAAGAUUCCUGAAGAAUUAAAACCAUGGCUUCUUGAGGACGGGGACUUCGUUACCAGGCAGAAGCAGCUCUUUCAACUCCCUGCUAAGAAAAAUGUAGAUGCCAUUCUGGAAGAGCAUGCAAAUUGCAAAAAGUCAUGGGGAAAUGUUGAUAGCCAGGAAUACGCAGUUAAUGAAGUUGUGGCAGGAAUAAAAGAAUAUUUCAAUGUCAUGUUGGGCACUCAGCUGCUCUACAAAUUUGAGAGGCCCCAGGAUGCAGAAACCCUCUUGGUUCACCCUGAUACACCAAUGUCCCAGGUUCAUGGAGCCCCACACCCACUGAGGUUAUUUGUAAGAAUCGGAGCAAUGUUGGCAUAUAUGCCCCUUGAUGAGAAGAGCCUUGCAUUAUUGUUGGGCUAUUUGCAUGAUUUCCUAAAAUAUCUGGCAAAGAAUGCUGCGUCUCUGUUUCCUGCCAGUGAUUACAAAGUGGCUUGGGCUGAGUAUCCCCGCAAAGCCCUGUGAGGGUCUACUGACCGCUCACUGUUACAUCUGGUAUCUGUAAACACACUUUUUGUUCUUAGUCUUUUUCUUGCAUAAUUGAUGUUCUUUAAAAUUGUUAAUGUAUAACAGGGCUUAUGUUUCAGUUUGUUUUCUGUUUUGUUGUAAACAGAAAAUGAAAGGAGUUCAAGCUCCUUUUCUCAUUUCAAAGUUCCUACCAGUGUACGCAGUAAUUAGACA